AUCUUGAUCAAUCUGUAAAUCUCCACAACCGUUAUCGAUCAACAAACAUCUUCCCACUCUAUCUCUCUACCUUCAACUCUAUCCAUUCAUCCUACACCAAACAAAAUGUACCCCCUACCGCCCCGGCUCCAACUCCAAGCUCAAGCCCAAGCUCAAGUCCAAGCCCAAUAUGCCCACCACGCUCAAUCUCACCCUCAACCUCAACUUCAGCCGCAAUCUCAAACCCAAUCGCAAAUCCAAAACCAUCACCAAAAUCCAACACAAAAUAUCAACCAAUCUGCCAAUUCCAAUGCCAAUACCAAUCCAACAAAAACCCGCCCUUCAGCAUCGUGCACCCCGUGCCGGAAUCGUAAAGUCAAGUGCGACCGCCUAACUCCCUGCAGCACGUGCCUCUCCCGCGCCCACCCGGAACAAUGCACCUACACAACAACCGACAUCGACCGCACCGCCAUGAAAUCCGCCGAGACAAUCGCGGACCUGCGCCGGAAAAUCCGCGCGUUGAAGAUGCAGAUUUCCGAAGAUGAGAAUGGGAAUUCUGGGACUGAUGGUGGCAGCGAAGGGCGGAUUGAUUGGCGCGAACUCGAGGCGAUGGAGACUGUGUUUGGGGAGAUGAGGGAGGAGGAGGAGGGGGUUGUGGAGGGGAUUGUUGGGAUGGUUAGGGAGGGGGUUGGGAUGGGGGAGUUGGCUGGGUUUAUUGGGGAUUUGAGGGAGAGUUUGGCGCAGGAUCAGGGACAAGGUUUGGGUCAGGGGGUUGUUGAAGUUGUAUAGUUGAGUAAAGUAUGGUAUGGUAUGAUAUAGUAGGGAAAAUAAAAGUAAUUGACAUAAGAAAGCAAAAGAUGGACAAUGGACAAAACAUAAGAACGGAAGAAGAGAAUGACUCCAGUAUGACACCAUCUCACCAACACCUUUUCCAAUUCAACCCAACACGACGGUCACGCAUACAUCAGCUCAUCCUGCGAGUGAGCAUGAAUCCCUGCAUCGACCUUGGUCCCCAACACGCUGCUCAGACAAUCCGCCAGCUCAAAGUCCUCCAUUACGGCGCCAAAUCCAUAGCAUCGCACCUUGGUGUUCAGUGUGUCCAUGAUGAUUCUGACAUCGUCCCGGCUCAGCGUGGGAUACACGGCCUCACUCUUCAGUUGCUUCAAAGCCAUGAUCGGCGUAAUCUGGCCUUCCGUGACCAGUUGCUUGCUGAGGUUGAACAGGGUCGAUAGGUUGGCGGCCGGGAGAUCGUACGUCUUGUGCGG